AUGUCGAUUUCACCCGCAGAGAACGACUGGUUCUCAUUCCUUCUCGAUCAGAGUUGGGUUGCAUUUGUCAUUUUGGGUGUAUUUUUAGUCGGUAUAAAAAUUUAUAACAUGCGACAGCGAGAAGAAGGACGCAAACUUUUAACUGAAGCGGUGAAGUUAGAGCUUCUUUGCCAACAAAUCCGACGCAGUAAAGCCCAGAGUGAGCGGGGAAAAAAGGAUGCGUAG